CUCUUCUAGUCAGCCAUGGAUGAAAGCGAAGAUGUGCCAAAAGAUUUUAUCAAGCUCAAGUCUGAAAAACUGUCUGUAGAUGAAGUGUCAGAGCUGGUCAUUUCACCAAACUGUGGGGCAGUGUCUCUGUUCAUUGGUACUACAAGAAAUAAUUUUGAAGGGAAAAAAGUGAUUCACUUAGAGUAUGAAGCAUAUACUUCAAUGGCAGAGAUGGAAAUAAAGAAAAUCUGCAGAGAUGUUAGACAGAAAUGGCCAUCAGUCAAACAUAUUGCAAUGCACCAUAGACUUGGAGUGGUUCCAAUAACUGAAGCAAGUGUAAUUAUUGCAGUGUCAUCUCCACACAGAACAGAAUCCCUUGAGGCUGUAACGUACUGCAUCAACACCUUAAAAGCGUUCGUCCCAAUAUGGAAAAAGGAGAUUUAUGAGGACGAAUAUUCUUGGAAAGAAAACAAGGAAUGCUUUUGGGCAAAUUCAGAAAAAUAACUGUACUCUUUCAUAAAUAAAGUGUUACUGCUCCUGAUGAAC